UUGCGUUUCCUUAACGAAGCAAGAGUCCCCUCUCUCUCUCACUCACUCUCAACACGAAAUGGGGAAGAAGCGAAAACACAGUGAAGUAGAGGUGCCGGCGGCAAAGAAGGAGGAAACGGCGCCGGAGAGACCUAAACGUACUCUUUUGGGUUGGAAAGAUAAGCCUGAAAACCAACAAGACUCUACAACCUUUACAGGUUUUAGAAACAAAGAGAAAGUUCUCGUCACUUGCUCUCGUCGAAUUAAUUACAGGUAUCGGCAUUUGAUGUUGAAUUUGGUAUCGAUCUUGCCUCAUUGUAAGAAAGAUAAUAAAGUUGAAUCCAAGGCUACCAAAGGAGCAACUCUAAAUGAGCUUGUUGAACUUAAGAGCUGUUCUUCCUGUCUCUUUUUUGAGUGCAGGAAGCACAAAGACCUUUACUUGUGGAUGUCCAAGUGCCCGAAUGGUCCAUCUGUAAAGUUUUUAGUUAAUGCAGUUCACACAAUGGAAGAGUUAAAGCUCACCGGAAAUCAUCUUAAAGGUUCCCGUCCACUUCUCACAUUUUCAUCAAAUUUUGAUAAAGACCCACACUGGAAACUUUUGAAAGAAAUGAUUAUUCAGAUAUUUGGAACUCCCAAGGAGCACAGGAAAUCAAAACCUUACCAUGAUCAUGUCUUUGUCUUCUCAAUUGUUGAUGACCACAUAUGGUUCCGUAAUUACCAGAUAUCAUGUCCUCAUACCGGAGCAGAUAAAAUUGAUCGUGGAGGCCUGGAAAAGAUGACUCUUAUUGAGGUUGGCCCAAGAUUUUGUUUAAAUCCAAUCAAGAUAUUUGGUGGUAGCUUCGGAGGCCCAACGCUAUACGAGAAUCCGUUCUACGUCUCACCAAAUCAGAUACGUUCGUUGGAGAAGAGACAGAAGGCGGGCAAGUAUGCAAAGAAGGUUAAAGCAAAGACAAGAAGGAAAAUGCAUGAGAUGAGUAACCCACUCGAGACGGAUGAGUUUGCAGACAUGUGGAAGGAAUGAUCGCUUGAGCGACCGUUUGAACUCACUGUUUGCAUUUGGCAAUGCCAUUUUUACAUAGGAUUCAUACCAUCUGUCACAUGGUCAAAAUGUUUUUGGUGAAUCUGAGGAUUUUUGUUUUGUGGAUGUUGUUAUGUUGUAAUUCUUUUAUGGGCUAAAAGAGAGUUUUAUGGAUUUAUGGUUUUUG